UCCCACAGCAGCAGUGGGAUCAAGAGGGGCUUAUAUUACAGAAACAAGGUGUUACACAAGUUUCUGCUAUGCUGCAUUUAAGUAAGGGGGAUUUCGUAUGGGUGGACUCUGGUGGUGGAGUUCCAAUCGGGGCGGAGGUGAAGUUGACCGACACAGGACAGCUCCAACUGGUUGACGAUGAAGGAAAGACGCACAAGAUCAACAAGAAGACAGAGGGUACCAUCCGGCCCAUGCACCCCACCUCUGUGAAGGGUGUGGAUGACAUGAUAAGACUGGGCGAUCUGAACGAGGCCGGGCUCCUCAGGAACCUCCUGAUCCGACACAAAGAAGGCCUCAUCUAUACGUACACAGGCUCCAUUCUGGUGGCAGUCAACCCCUACCAGCUGCUGCCCCUCUACACCACAGAGCACGUGCACAUGUACACAGACCGGCGCCUGGGUGAACUGCCACCACACGUCUUUGCUAUCGCAGACAGCUGCUUCUUUAACAUGCGCCGCAACAAGAAGAACCAGUGCUGUGUCAUCAGUGGAGAGUCCGGCGCAGGAAAAACUGAGAGCACCAAACUAAUGCUGCAGUUUCUGGCUGCAGUGAGCGGACAGCACUCCUGGAUCGAGCAGCAGAUACUUGAGGCCAACCCCAUCUUAGAGGCCUUUGGAAAUGCCAAAACUGUGCGUAAUGACAACUCCAGUCGUUUUGGGAAGUACAUUGACAUCAACUUCACCAAGGGAGGGGCCAUAGAAGGGGCCCGGAUUGAACAAUACCUGCUGGAGAAGUCCAGAGUUUGUCGCCAGGCGCCUGAGGAACGAAACUACCACAUCUUUUACUACAUGCUGAUGGGCAUGUCAGCCGACCAGAAGAAGAUCCUCUCUCUUGGGAACGCUGCAGAGUACGACUAUCUCACCAUGGGUAACUGCACCAGCUGUGAAGGCCGUGAUGAUGUGAAAGAAUAUGCUCACUUCCGAUCAGCUCUGAAGAUCCUCAUGUUCACAGAGAAUGACUCCUGGGAAAUCUCCAAACUACUUGCUGCUAUCCUUCACCUGGGCAAUGUGAAAUUUGAGAGCACCAUAGUGAACAACAUGGAGGGCUGUAAAAUCCAUCAAUCAUCCCAUUUUGACAUGGCGUGCCAGCUUAUGGAGGUGGCUCCCAAAGAGCUGGAGAAGAAUCUGACUGAUCGCUCCUUCAUGACAGCCAGAGAGAGCGUGACCAAACAUCUGACCUCUGAGCAGGCUGUGGACGGCAGGGACGCCUUUGUUAAGGCCAUUUAUGGAAGACUUUUCAUCUGGGUUGUGGACAAAAUCAACACUGCCAUUCACAAACCACCUGAGGAUACUAAAGAGCCCCAACAGUCGAUUGGCUUGCUUGACAUCUUCGGCUUUGAGAACUUCAACAAAAACAGCUUUGAGCAGCUGUGCAUCAACUUCGCCAAUGAGCAGCUACAGCAGUUCUUCGUCAAACAUGUUUUCAAGCUGGAGCAGGAUGAGUACGCUCGUGAAAACAUUGUUUGGCAGCACAUCGACUACAAAGACAACCAAAGCACCCUGGAUGUGUUGGCCAGCAAACCUUUGAACAUGCUUGCACUGAUUGAUGAAGAGAGCAGCUUUCCAAAGGGCACGGAUACCACCAUGCUCCAAAAGAUGAAUCAGCAUCAUGGGAAGGGAGGCAUUUAUAUUCCCCCAAAGAACAACUAUGAGACCCAAUUUGGAGUCCAGCACUUUGCUGGAGUGGUCUACUAUGAUUCAAAAGGUUUUCUUGAAAAGAACCGUGAUGCCCUCAGUCCAGAUCUGAUCCAGCUGAUGGAGACCUCCGCAAAUAAACUCCUCAAACAAGUGUUUGAGAGUGAGGUAGUUACCAAUACGGUCAAGAAAGUCCACCCAAAGAUGGUCAUCACUGCGGCAAGCAACAGCCUACGGCAAUCGACAGAUAGCAAAAAGCGUGUGCCGACUCUGAUUGGACAGUUUCGUCAGUCUCUGGAUUCCCUGAUGAAGACUCUGACUGUGUGCCAGCCUUAUUUCAUACGCUGCAUCAAACCCAAUGACUUCAAGAAGCCUAUGCUGUUUGAUAGAGAGCUGUGCAUGCGUCAGCUCCGGUACUCUGGUAUGAUGGAGACCAUUAGGAUCCGGAAAGCUGGAUAUCCCGUACGCUACACCUUCCAGGAGUUCCUGGAUCGGUACAGAGUCCUUCUGAAAACUUAUCUCUGUGACCCAAAAACAGAAAGCAAAGAGAAAUGCUGUGAAAGUAUCUGUGAGACUGUGCUGGCUGGAGAGGGAGACUGGAAGACGGGCAAGACAAAGAUAUUUCUCAAGGACAUCCAUGACACCAUGCUUGAACUGGAGCGAAUUAAUAAACUACAUGAGAAAGCACUUCUGAUCCAGAAAGUCCUGAGAGGCUACAAAUACAGGAGACAAUUCCUGAGGCAGAAGGCGGCUGCUCUUGUCAUUCAGAAAACCUGGAGAGGACACAAAGGCAGAAAGCUGUACAGAGUGGUCCAGCUGGGCUUUGCCAGACUGCAGGCUCAGGUUCGCUCUCGCCAGCUUCACUACCAGUAUAAGAGACAGCGUGAAGCAACCGUUGUGCUGCAGACUCAUAUCCGAGGAUACCUCGCUAGGAAGGAGUGGAAACGCAAGAGAGACGCUGUGAUCCUCCUGCAGGCGUACACCAGGGGAAUGGUGGCAAGAAAAGUCCUGAAGAAAAUGAAAAGAGACCGUUACCUCUCUGAGAAAGAAAAAGAAGCAGAGCAGAGGGCUAUGCGGGAGAAGCAGCAAUAUUUGGAGGAAGUGUUGAGGCAGAAGAAAGAGAAGGAGGCCAAAGAUCAGGCUGAGGCCAUCACAGACCAGGAGAUGGUGGAUCGUAUGUUUGAAUUCCUGCCACCUGAGGGUAGCCAGGAGGGCCAAGCACCUGUUGGAUUUGAGAAAUUUGAGGGGAUGAUCACAGAGGAGAUUGACAUUGAUGAGCUCCCCAUGGAGGAGGAUCUUCCCAAAGAAGACUACGAUGACCUGGAUGAAUACUCCUUCUCUAAAUUCGCCUCCAUGUACUUCCAGGGAGCAGCCACCCCGACCCACAUCCGUCAGAGGCUUCGUCAAGCCCUGCUUUACCACGAAGAUGAAGGAGAUGCUUUGGCUUCUCUGACAGUGUGGUGGAUCAUCCUGAGGUUCAUGGGAGAUCUCCCUGAGCCCAAAAAGCAGGUUAGAGCCCAAGGAGCCCCAGUACAGGAACGCCUUCUACCACAGGAGCUGAUCUCUAGGAAUGACAGACGUCUCAGCCACAUGGUUGGCCUGGAUCAGAGGGUGCUAAGGAAUAAAAAAGACAGAAAGCCCUCCACAGUACCUGAGGAGCCAGCACCAGCCAAAAGGGGCUCCAUUUUCACUGACCUCCUGACAAGAACCAGGAAGCCAUCUGCAGUGCCGAGCGAGGUAUCCCAAAACCCGAGGGCGUACACGGUCCCAGAGGGAAGCCCCCGAGUGAGGAAGGGAUCCACAUUCACAGACCUGCUGUCCAGAAACAGAAAACCCUCCACUGUUCAAGAAAAUGGAAUACCAAGAUCCUCUGGCAUACGGAAACCCUCGAUCAUCAUGGAGGAGUCUGAAGAUCAGCCUGAGACCGAGGUGUCCAAGCCUCCCCCCCUGCAGACUGUACAGGAGGACAGUAAUGCCAUGAUUGGAGAAGCACCAACUCUGGACCGACCACUGACGUCUUUCGAAAAGCUCCACAUCAUCAUUGGAUACGCUAUAGUCAGAAGUGAUCUCAGGGAUGAGAUUUACUGUCAGAUCUGCAAACAGCUCCAGGAGAACAACAACCGGAACAGCUACUUCCGAGGUUGGAUCCUGCUCUCUCUCUGUCUGGGCAUUUUCCCUCCAAGUGAUAACUUUACAAGAUACUUGCAAAGUUUCAUCCGUUCCGCUCCUGGAGAUUAUGCCUCCUACUGUGCAGAGAGACUGAGGCGCACAAGAUUGAACGGGAUGAGAGGAGAGCCUCCGUCCUGGCUGGAGCUGCAGGCAACCAAGACAAAAAAGCCGAUGAUUGUGACCGUGAAGCUGAUGGAUGGCCGCUCUGUAAACCUGCCCGUUGACUCAGCUUCUACAUCCAAAGAGAUCUGCCAGGCACUCUCCAGUAAAAUCAAACUCAAGGACAACUUUGGCUUUUCUAUCUAUGUCGCCUUGUAUGAAAAGGUGUGGGCUCUUGGAAGUGGCCGGGAGCACGUGUUGGAUGCCAUCUCUCAAUGUGAGCAGGAAGUGAAGAGGAGAGGAGGGCAGGAGCAGCACGCUCCCUGGCGUCUCUUCUUCCGUAAGGAGAUCUUCACUCCAUGGCACGACUGCAAAGAGGACAAAAUGAGCACAGAGCUCAUCUAUAAACAAGUCAUCCAUGGUCUGAAGUUUGGAGAGUACCAGAGUGAGAAGGAGGAUGAUUUUGUCCAACUUGCUGCUAAACAUUUGUACAUCCUGCACGGUCCAGAUGACAAUCCAGAACAUGUGAAGGAAGCUGUUCGGGACUGCAUCACUGACAAACUGCUAGAGGCUAAGUCAGAGGCCAAGUGGGUGCAGAUGGUCAGCACUGCUCAUGCUGAGAGUUCAUGUUUGAAUUCAAAACAAAAGGUGGAUUCAGUGAAGGCUGAGAUGGUCGACUAUGCCCGAGAGAAAUGGCCCAUGUUCUUCUCAAGGUUCUUCGAGGUGUUCAAAGUGUCAGGGCCUGCACUACCAAAGAACAAAUUCAUCGUGGCCAUAAACUGGACCGGCAUCACAUUCCUGGAUGAGAGGGAAAAGAGGCUGCUGGAGCUCUCCUUCCCAGAGGUCACCGGAGUCAACACAAUCAGGCAGGGUAAAGUGUCUGGACAAGCUGUGAGUCUGAUAACUCUAAAAGGAGACUUCACUCUGAGUGGGAGUGCCGCCGCAGACAUGGCAGAGCUGAUCACGAUGUUCCUCAGCGGACUGACGGAAAGAUCGCAGUACGCUGUGACUUUAAGGGAAGUCACACAAGAUGAUCCCACACUGCUCAGCUUCAGGAAAGGGGAGCUCAUAAUGAUUGUCAAAGAUGAUGACUUUCCUCUGCAGCGCGGCUGGAUGAAGGGGCUAAAUGAGAGCACAAAGAAAACAGGAGCCGUCCCCACUGAUGAUAUCUUAAUCCUGCCAACACUCAGCAAACCUAGCAACGAGGUCAUGAGCCUCUUCAGCUUGUCUCCUAACCAGAGGAAACACAUCAUACAAGAAAACCAGAGGGAAACAGGAACCCUGCAGAGAGUAGCUCCUUAUACACUGAAAGAAUAUUCCCUCCAGUACUUCAGACAGCCGACUAAGGACGUGAACCGUCAGGUGAUUUCCAGGAACGCUGCUCCGGAGAGGCUGUGGGCGAACUCCAGAGAGCCGAUCAGACAGCCUCUCCACAUGAAACUGGUGGGACAUCCAGAGCUCAGCCACAAAGCCUGUCUGGCCUUCACUGCGAUCCUGAAAUAUAUGGGGGAUUACCCCGCCAAACAGCAGCAGAGUCCACUCGAGCUCACUGACCAGAUCUUCGGCCCCGCCACCAAAUACGAGGAGCUCAGAGAUGAGAUCUACUGCCAGAUCAUGAAGCAAAUGACCAGCAACAACAACAGGUUCAGCAUCGAGCAGGGCUGGCAGCUGAUGUGGCUCUGCUGCGGCCUGUUUCCUCCCAGCCAGCCUCUCCUGAGACACACUCAGAGAUUUUUGGAGGCCCGUCGUAGAGAGCCCCUCGUCCCUGACUGCCUGCAGCGUCUGCAGAGCUCACUGAGGUCAGACCCCAGGAAGCUGCCACCACAUCAGGUGGAGGUAGAUGCCAUCCAGCAGAACAGCACCCAGAUCUUCCAUAAAAUCCACUUCCCCAACGACACAGAGGAGAUAUUUGAGGUCGCAACGAGCACCAGGAUCAAAGAUCUCAUCCAGAACAUCAGCAAACGGCUCGAGCUGGCCUCAUCCGACGGAUUCAGCAUUUUCGUCAAAACACAUGACAAGGUUCUCAGUUUGAACGACACUGACUACUUCUUCGAUAGUCUGAGACAAAUCACCGACUGGUCCAAGAAAGCCAAGAGGAUCAAAGAUGGUGGGCCUGUGAACAUACCUUACCUCGUGUUCUUCAUGAGGAAGUUGUGGUUUAACGUGGUCCCUGGCAGAGACGUGGAAGCUGAUCUUAUCUUCCACUUCCCUCAGGAGCUGCCCAAGUACCUGAGAGGGUAUCAUGUUAGCACCAAAGAGGAAAUGCUCCAUAUUGCAGCUCUGCUCUUCAGAAUAAAGGUCAACAAUGACAAAACACAGUUGGUGAUGAUUCCUAAGCUGCUGAAAGAGCUGGUGCCUGCAGACCAGCUGAAGGCCAUGUCUGAGAACGAGUGGAAGAAGACUAUCACGGCCUCUUUUAACAAACAAGCCGGUAUGACGACUGAUGAAGCCAAGGUGGCUUUUCUGAAGGCGGUGUACCGCUGGCCGACGUUUGGCUGUGCUUUCUUUGAAGUGAAGCAAACUUCAGAGGAAAACUUCCCAGAUAUUGUACGGAUAGCCAUCAGCAAGCAAGGCCUCACCAUCAUCCACCCUAAAACCAAGGAUGUUUUGGCUACUCACCCGUUCAACCGCAUCGCUAACUGGUGCAGUGGAAGCACCUACUUCCACAUGACGAUUGGCAGUUUGGUAAAAGGGAGCAAAUUCCUGUGUGAAACCUCACUGGGUUACAAGAUGGACGAUCUUAUAACCUCCUACGUCAACAUGUACGUCAGAGAGAGGAAGGCCACACAAUCCAGGAACCAGCGCUUCAACAUCUGAGCUGCAAGGACAAAACUUUGAUAAUAUCUGUAGAUACCAACACAUUCAUAAGGUUCAUUCAAACAGAAAGAGGCAAACCGAGAAAAAAUGAAAAGUGCAAUCAACUUUAUUUGUGCUCUCUGGAUUGAAAACAUUGAUUUAUUGCAUUGAAUAAGUUGUAGAUUUCUCACAUUUCUAUUUAAAGCCAAUGUUUCUUGGGCAUGUACACAAAGUGAACCCCACAUAUUCUAGGCACAACUCAUUAACUAGAAAACAAACUCUCUCCUACCUUUAAUUCAUGGAAAGCACUAAGUUUUAUAUGAGAAUCAUCAUAGACAGAGAAAAAGAUUUAUUUUAAAAUCUUAACUGGUAAUUCAUGAUGUAUGAAAAUUUAAAAUUUGUCUCGAAACAAUAAAACUCAUUAGUCUGUGUGCAUAAAAGCUUUGUAUAUGCAUGCAGAGUGCUGAGCUUCUUUUCACAUCACUAAUAAUCACUGAAAACCUGACAGGAAGUGAUGUUUUGCAUAUUUAUUCAAGCUUUUUUGGGUAGUUUCAUUGGAGUCCAUGAUGUAUUUACAAAUCAUCCCAUUUUUAAAGCUUAAUUUUAUUUGUUUAUCAUAAAAGAAGAUUUUUUUGCAGUUCAGAUCUUCUAUAUUAAUUUGCCUGCCUUUAAUAACAUUAAAGGUGCAUUAAGUGUUCCUGAAGAAUGAUAGGAGUCCUGUUGAUUAUGUUUUACACCAAAAUAAAUGAUAUUGAAUCAAACUCA